AAAAAUGGCUCGCGGACAUCAGAAAAUUCAGUCACAACAGAAAGCGCAAGAAAAAGCGGCCAAGCUCAAGAAGCAACAAGGCCACGGUUUGAGUGAUCAGAUGAAGGCGGCCCAGAAGGCGCUCGUGUUUUCCUGUGCCGUUUGCAAAUCCCAGAUGCCUGAUCCCAAAACGUACAAGCAGCACUUUGAAAACAAGCAUCCCAAGUCGGAACUGCCAGCUGAGCUAGCGGAUGUUUAA